UUUUUUAAUGGCCGAUCUCGUUUGCAUCGCAAUUCCGGCCCGGUUGAUUAAAGCCUUUCCUUCUGACGGCUGGUCCGAAGGUACGGCCGUCGCUGCAAACGCGGAGAUUAGUUCGUGCGACGAUCUUUCGCAUUUUGAAACGGCUAUGGCGGCUGCCAGUCUGGGCCAAUCAGAAGCCAGCCUGGCGCCGAGAGGGGUAACGCAAUAUGUCGAACAACAGAGCCGUGUGUCGCGGUCGCUUGAUCGAUUUUGUGCCUGUGUGACGCGCAAUUUUGCCAAACGGCAUGGUGGUUGUGUGAUUUGUGCGUUCGGACGGUGCGUGUGAACACCUGGUACCCACAGCGAGCACGGAUGCAAAAACGGCGAAACGACGUUGUCAAUGUAUAGGUCACGUGAUCCCAGCGGCGGUAAUGGCGGCUCGCAAAAUGUAGGCCCAGUAUGGACCGUUUGCAGGAAAAUACCGAGCCCCAGGUAAAUAGCGGCCCCGCCCCGGGCCGAAGAAAGCUUCCCUAGCGGGUUUAGGACGAUACUGAGUCCUUGCGAUGUCCUCGCGGGGCCGUAGGGGCCGCGGGCGACCGCCCAAGUCGGCGGUACUCUCGCAUAGGCCUAGCUUGCUCAAGAAGCCUCGCUACCUGUACGCUGGCUCCAGCGCCCAGAGCUCGCGCCUGGGACUUCACUUGCGCCAGUACGAGAACAGCACGCCGCAGCCCCAGCUCAAGCAGAGGCUCCGCGAAAAAUCGCAGAAGGUUCGUUCUUUCAUUCAGACCGUCCUCGGAGGCGGCGACGAGGAGGACAAUGACUUGGAGCCCCCUCCGUCCAGCGGCGACGAGAGCGACUACCAGCGCGCCGAGGACGAAGAAGACGACGACGACGGCUCGGUGGCCAGCUACGAGUCGGACGACGUGAGCGUGUACUCGCAGAGCAGUUACAGCACCAUCUCGAGCUCGACUCCCGCCAAGCGCAAAUGGACCUCGUCCUCGCGGAGGGCGCACAGCCCCGUGUUCCUGCAGGAGCGCGAGCUGCCUGCGCUGGCGCUGCCCAAGAGCUCGGAGGACCUAAUCCUGCCCACGUGCCACAUCAUGCGCGCCCUGAGCAUCUACGAGACGCUGCGGCACUUCAGGAACAUUCUGCGGCUCACGCCGUUCCGAUUCGAGGACUUCUGCGUCGCCCUGAUGUCGGACGAGCAGUCGGCGCUCCUGUCCGAGGCGCACAUCGCGCUGCUGCGCGCCAUCCUGCGCGAGGAGGAGGCGGCAGGCACCCAGUUCGGGCCGCAGGACCUCAAGGACAGCAUCAAUGUGCACCUGUACAUGGUGGACGCGGUGACGUGGCCCGCGGUGUUGCGCAUGUACCUGACGAGCGACCCCGAAUACCGGCCCAUGCUCGCCGCGCUCGAACGAUGCGAGUACCCGUUCACCGCGGUGGCGAGCAAGCUGAACGUGCUCGAGUUUCUGUGCGACCAGUUCCUGACCACGGCGCAGGCGCGCGAGGACAUCACCAGCGAAGGCGUGGCCAAACACGACGAUCACUGCCGAGUUUGCCACAAGCUGGGCGACCUUCUGUGCUGCGAGACUUGCCCGGCCGUCUAUCACCUGGCCUGCCUCGACCCGCCUCUCGAGGACGUUCCCACCGAAGACUGGAUCUGCACCGUCUGUCAGGCCAACCAGGUUUCCGGGGUCACAGACUGUAUAUCAGACAUCGAAAAAGGAGGCCUGCUCAGUCGACAAGAAUGCCUGGGUCUCGACCGGCAUGGCAGAAAGUACUGGUUUCUCUGUCGAAGGAUCUUUGUGGAAGGGGAGAACAACGAGGCGUUCUACUACUCUACGCCAGCGCAGCUGGAGGAGCUCCUCGACGUACUCGACGCGGAAGAUCUGGAGCUGGACUUGUGUCGGACCAUCGCCGAAUUCCGCGACGAGAUUGUCCGGCACAUGGAGCUCACCGAGAAGCUCACAAACUCGUCCAAGGGAAAUCGGAAAACCUACCUGGACUCUGAGAAUGCCACUCUGGUCAAGGUGCAGGCAGAGCGAGCAGCACGGAGAGCCAAGGAGGAAGAGGAGAGGAAACAGCGGGAGGCCCAGGAGGCCGAGGAACGGCGGCGGUUGGAAGAAGAGAAUGCGGCACUGGCAGCAGCCAGCCUGGAGAGCGCGGCGCACCGCUUCCUCAAUUCCGUAGAAGACAGCCUUCUCAUGCCCUGCCCCAUCAAACCCGAAGACGGCCUGCCCCACUUCGCGGAGGUGCCGCAGAUGGUGGAGGAGGAAAUGAACGUCGCGUCGCACGCCAACAUCCUCGACAUGGGCGGCGAAGAGAACCGGAUGGAUUGCGGGGAGGUGCCGGACAUGCCGCCUCCGGAGCAGAUGGAGGUGGACACGAAGCCCGACGUCACGGAAACGGAGGAGGAGGUGACGACCACAACCAUGGUUACCACAGUGGUGACCACGACGACCAGCACCAAAACGGUCACAGUAGUGAAAGUAAAGGAAGAGGAGCCAGAUGAUAUGGCAGAAGCCGAAUCCAAAGCCACACCUGAUACCAAAGAGAGUGAAGAGAAAGAGGCGGAAUCGGAGCAGUCUGGAGCAAAGUCCGACGAAGGAGCAGCAGCAGGCAAGAAGCCCUCGGAGGAAGACAAUGCGAAAAAGGCAGCUGGGAAAGGAACUGGCAAGGAGGAACCGGACACGGGCCCGCGCUCUUCCAUCGUGACUCGGUCCAAGACCGGUUCGCUGGUGCCCCGGAGCUUCGCCUUUGACACCACGAGUCGGUCCACGGGGACCGCCAAGAAGUCCGGCGGCGGGUCGUCGGACGGUGACGGGGACUCGGUCCUGGUACUCACCAAGGACGGGGAGAUCUCGCGGGUGACGCGGGGCAAGGCGUCCGGCGCGGUGCCGCUCAACUCGGGGUCGCUGCUCUUCAAGCUGGGCAUGGAGGGCAGCUACCGCAGCUUUACCAACCAGUACAACAGCAACACCCUGGCCCUGAACAAACACCAGCACGCCGAGGACAGGGACAAGCGGCGGCACCUGUCCCACAAGUUCUCGCUGACCGCCGCCUCCGAGUUCAAGUGGGGCGGCCCGGUGCACGGCAGCCGCGCGGCGCUGGUCGGCACCCUGCGGCAAACGCUGCUUCAGCUGGAGAGCAGCGUGCCCGCCGCCCUGCUACACCCCAACUGGGCCAUCCAUCGGGGCAACUGGCUGCGCGCGGUCAACAUGUGCACAUCGCCCCGCGACUUCUCCCUCGCCCUGGCCAUCCUGGAGGCCUCGGUCAAGCCGGUCCUCUUCAAUGCCGCCUGGAGCGACUCGCUAGGUCACACGCACCUCCGGCGGACAACGGUGGCCGAGCGGGAGGAGAAGAAGAAGCUGGAGAAGCGGGAGCGGCGAGAGCUCAUGGAGGAGGAAGUGGACCGCAGUGUCUGGGUCAAGUACACGUUGGGGCUCAAACACCAGGUGUGGAAACAAAAGGGUGAAGAGUACCGGAUCACGGGCCAGGGCGGCUGGCAGUGGCAAAGCUGCACAAGGGUGGUGCGGCAUGUGCCGGCACACACGGUGGGCCUGCGGGCGGGCCCACACAAGGUGGUCAUCGCCCUGCAGCACGGCCAGCAGCAGCAGCGCAACGCUGCCGAGAACAAGGCCAAGGCUGCGGCCGAGGAGGCUGCUAAGGCUGUGAAGGAAGGCGGAGGGGAAGGCAGUGAGGUGAAAACGGAGGCGGGUGCAACCGGUGACAGUUCUGCACCAUCCGCGGAGCCUGGGGAGACGACAAGGGAGGUGAAAAUUACCGGUGAGACCCUGCUCAAGGCGAUGCUGGCAUCCCGAGCCAUGGUCGUGGAGCUGGUCGACGUCUCCGAGUCCCUCUCCUCGCCCGUGCGGACCCUCUACCCAAAGGUGGCCAAAACAACUAAGAUUGACGGCUUUCUGGAGCGCCGGCUGAAGCUGAAGGAGCUGGAGGACAAAAUGGCCGAGUCGACAAGGAUCAAGGCUGAGCCUCACGUGGACGUCGAGACCGUCGAGUCGCCAGUGAAAGUGGCAAGGCCGCUGGUGCUCAAUGGAAUGGUCGCUGCUGAGGAUUCGGGCCUGGAUCUCGCGGAGAGGGCGAGACGUUGCUACUCGCCCCUAUGCCGGCGCGGCACAGUGGCGUCUGCAGUCGGUGGCAACUGCUAUUCAUCCACCUGCCGGGCUUCUAAGCUGUUCGUCAAGGUGGCAACCAUUCACAGCAGUGUCCAGACACCGGCAACUGCCGCGGCUACCGACCAUGCGAUCGCCAAUGGAGACACCAAGUCAGUGGUCAAGCAAGAAGUCAAGUCGCCAGUCAAGAUGCAGAGCCUCCUGAAGCCAGUUGACCCAGGUGUUCCAGCAAGCGAGAUAAAGCAGACUGUCGUGGAGAAGAUGACCACGACCACCACGACCACCGUGUCCCGGACCACUGUCACGACCACCAGCACGACCACCUCUGUGGUGAAGCACGAGCCUGAAGAUAUGGUGCCCGAUGUCCCUGAGCCAUGCAACGAUGUUGAAAUGACCACAGUCGCGGCCGAGGAGGUGGUCGAGACAGACGAGUCCGAGCUCCCCCCGGUCGAGACGGCCGCGGAGGAGACGGUGCUCACGGAGCCUGCAGUUGCGGAGGAAGUCGUCUGCAGCGACCAUGCCUCUGCUUCUGUCGAAGAAGAGGUGGCCACUUGUGGCGAGGGUGACCCGCCCGUUCCCAUGGAGGAGGACGUGUCUUCUUGCGCGGAAGAGGAAGUGUCCAGUUUAGCCGAAGAAAAACCUGCUCCUGUCGAUGACGACACGUCCGUCCCUGCUGGAAGCGAGCUGCCCGUAUCCGUAAAAGAAGAGGCAGCAGCAACAGCUGCUGGUGAAGACACUGAAAUGUUGCCUGCUGUUGUGGAGAAUGAAGUUGCACAGCCCACAAAUGUUGGUGUGAAAGCACCACCGUCGGUAAGCAACAACAUCGACAAGAAAGUUUCUGCUUCGGCGUUGCCAACUGAAGUUUCUUCAAAUCCUGUGGCAACACAGUUGACUCCCAUCAGUCAGCAAAAGCAGGUUGUCGCUCUCAAAAGUGAGCCAGAAAAGUGUGGCCAGAAAACAGAGUCUUCCACGACGACAACGACGACAAUGGCAGCUGCGACAGUUGCAAAAGCGCUGGUGUCCGCAACGAUCAUCGCGUCGUCCGCAGGCAGCUCGGCCGUGACAAAAGUGGCAGGAGCGGCUGUUGCAGCUGCAGCGACGACGUCCAAGACAUUGACGACUACGGCCGUGGCCGAGGGCAAGGCAAUGAGCACCACAGUGACGACGACAAGCAACAAGGUGUACCUGGGCAAGAUCACCAAGGUGACCAAGAAGGUGAAGAAGAACAAGGGCACGCUGCCGCCGUUCUGCCGCUUCCAGACCUUUGCCAGCAAGCAACGCAGCAUCAUGGUUUUGCCACAGCACGAACUACGCAAGAUGUCCCGAAGAGGCUCCCUUCGUGAAGCCACGGGAUUCAGCUACACAGCCAAGGUGAACCCGCAAAGCUGGCCCUACGGCGUCAGCCCAAGGCCCUGCUUCAAGACUGCCUGGCGGUACCGGAAUCAAAUGCUGACCACCAUCCACCAGGUGGCGCUUCAGUUGCGCGUGCUGUGGGCCAGCCUGCGCUGGGACGACCUGCAGGCCAAGCCCCCGCCAGGCGGCACCAACACGAUGACCACCGAGAGUGACGUUCAGACCACCGAGCUGCUCAAGCGCAAGGACGUGGGCCCCUUCGGCCUGCGCUCCGAGUACCUCGUGCGACGCAUCACAGUGCCCAUCGACCUGCCCUCCAAACCCAGAGAGAAAGUGACACCGCAGCGGACAGGACUUCGGGAGAGGAGAAGACCCGAGUCGCCCCAGCACAAGGGACCGACGGUGACCGAGGUCUGGGUGCCUGAGGAAGACCUUGAACUUUGGGAGAUCCGGCAGUUCGGAGAAAAGAUCGAGAAGCAGCAGCUGGCGGUGCGUGAGAAGCUGGCCCAGGUGCAUGCCCAGCAGAGUGCCGACAAGAUCCGAGCCCAGAUGGAGGCCCAGCUGAAGCAGCAACGGCUGGCCAUGCAGCAGAAGCGGCUGCAGGAGGGCACAACGGGCACCAAAACCAGCACACCCGGCACCAAGACCAUCACGGUGACGGUGUCGACACCACAGGCCGCCAACCAGACGCUCACCAAGGUGGCACUGGUGUCAUCCGGAAGCCCAAUCAAGGGCACCACACUCACGAGCCUGGUGACAACGCCAGGCAAUGCUGGUGCAGGAAGGGCGGUGCGCCGGAUCUUCACGACGCGACCCGUGGGUGCCACCAACAGUGCAGACGGCAUCACCAAGAUUCCCAUCAGUGCCAUCAGUACCAACGCGCCAACGCUGAUGCCCAAGACGACGGUGGGCGGCCCGCAGCAAAUCAUUGUGCGCGCCCCCGUCGGUGCGGGCCAGACACGGCCGGCGGUGAUUGCGGUGAGGGGAGUGGUGCCUGCAACUGCCGGCGGCGCCAAUGCGGUGAUCCGCCCCGCCCUGGGAAAUCCGACGGGCACGGCUGCUCCCGUGAGGGCGCAGAUUCAGAUCAUCCAGGGUCCCAAUGGCCAGCUCCAAGUCAGAGGACUUAUGCCUGGUCAACAACUCAUCCGUCUGCCCGACGGCCGUCUGCAGCUGCUGACGUUGCCUGUGCAAGCUGCGCCAGCAGUCACGACGACGACCGCCGGUGCGGCCAACACAUCCCAGCCGCAGACUAUCCAGAUAACCACACUUCGUCCGGCCAUAUCCAUCGCUCCAGCCACGGGCGUGGCUACGGCGGCGGCGGCGGCCCCUGCGGUGGCCACUGCCGUUGCAGCCACAGCGCCCACCGUGGUCGCUGCACCAGCAGCGGCACCCCAAACAGCUGUUUCUGUAGCACCAGCUGGCACAGUACAAAUCGUCUCUCAGCCAACGCAGCAAAUAAAGGUGCAGCCCACGGUGGUGCUCUCGGCGGCGCUGCCCGCCAGUUCGGCUGCGGCCGCCGGCGCCGUGGUCACCUCCACCCAGGCCACUCUGGCCCCGAAGCUCAUCCAGAUUCGGCCACAGUUGACCACCACUGUGCCACAGCAGAUCCUGGGCACGCAAGUCAAAGUUUUGCCAGCGGUGAGGCCCCUGGUGCAAGCGGCAGCAGCUGGUGCAACACCUGCCACCACCAGCGUACGGCUGCAGGCAGCGACAGUGAGCAUCCCGGGGUUGGCCACCGUGGUGGCUAGCCCAGCCUCAACGGUGGGUGCCGCAGCAGCGACGCCGGUGGUGGCCACAAAAGCCGUGCUGGCGCCGGCGACGACGACACCGGUUAAAGCUGUGGCCUCUGCUGCUGCUACUGCUGCUGCUGCUGCUGCCGCCGCCACUGUUGCUGCUACUGCGACUGCGACUAACACGGAGACGCCUGCAACUUCCGCCACCGUGCCGACUGCCCCAGCCAAGCAGGCGGACGCACCGGCCACUCCUGUCAAGAGCGAAGCGCCUGCAGCUUCGCCCGUGUCCUCACCACCAAACUCGCCACAGCAGUUCGUGCUCACCCCGGCCAUAACACAACAGAUUGUGCGGCAAGCCUUGAUGAACCCACAGACGUCGCCUGAGAUCCAGCAGAAGCUGCUGGCCCUGCAGCGGCACCACCAGCAGCUGCAGCGUACACCCGCGGCUGUCACGGUGACGCCAGGCGUGGGCCGCAGUUCUUCCUCGUCGUCUUCGUCAUCUUCCUCUUCCUCCUCCUCUUCAUCGUCCUCGUCUUCAUCGGGCGGUGGCCCCGUCUCCUCACCACCAUUGUCAAAAUCCAAGUCAACCGAACACAAGGAUGAAGGGCAGAGGGCUGCAGUGUGCCAGCAAGUUCUCAAGGGGAUUGUGGACAAGAUCGAGCGCGACGAGAAGACGACGGGCCGGCGGCAACGGGCCAAGGCAAGUGCCGAAGAGAGGAAGGCGCGUGCGUCGCAGACCAAGCUGCACGAGGUGCUCGUGCGGCAGACGGAGUUCCUGCGGCGAGAGAUCAUGCGCAAGCGGGCGCUGAUGGAGAAGGAGCUCCAGAUUCAGAUCCAGACGGAACUUCAGGCCGACCUGAAGCGACGAGCGGCAGCAGCUGCGGCGGUGUCCGCCCCAACGACACUGGUUACGCCACGGAUACCACCUCAAGAGAAAGUUGCACAGGUGAUGCGCACCUUGGAGAGCAGCAAGCAGCAGGCCGCAGCUGCUGCGGCGGCAGCUGCAUCACGCAAGCGGGCGCAGUCGCAGACCAGCGAAAGCGACGUCUCGCCGCCACCGGCGCCAAAGCGGCCGAAAAAGCAGGCAAAGGUGCCGACCGCGCAGCGGCCACCGCCGGCUCCAUCUCACCACCGUGGCGGCAGCGGUGGCAGCAACUCUGCGACACCUGCCAGCCACGCCAAGCAGCGUGGUGGCGCCGGCGGGGCGGCUGUGAGUCAACACAAGCUGUACUGCAUCUGCAAGAAGCCGUACGAUCCUUCCAAGUUCAUGAUUGGGUGCGACCUGUGUUCAAACUGGUUCCACGUCAAGUGCAUAGGCUUGACCGAGGUUCAAGCCAAGGCCAUGGACAAGUAUGUUUGCAACGAGUGCCGGAAGGACCACAAGACCUCAACACAGGAACUCUACUGUCUCUGCAGGCAACCCUACGACGAGUCUCAGUUCUACAUCUGCUGCGACCAGUGCCAAGACUGGUUCCACGGCCGGUGCGUGGGGGUGCUGCAGAGUGAGGCGGACUCCAUCGAGGAGUACAUCUGCCCCACGUGUCAGCGCAACAGCAACAUAAACCAGGCCAACCUGAAGCCCCUGCAGCCAAAAGACUUCGACAACCUACGCAAGCUGCUGAAGAGCCUUCAGACGCACAAGAUGGCCUGGCCUUUCUUAGAACCUGUCGACGCAAAGGAGGCGCCCGACUACUACACAAUCAUAAAAGAACCUAUGGACUUGCAGACCAUCGAGCGGCGGUUGCAGACUCGCCACUACCAGAAGCUGAGCGAAUUCAUCGGCGACAUGACCAAGAUAUUCGACAACUGCCGCUACUACAACCCGCGCAACUCUCCCUUCUACCAGUGCGCCGAGGUGCUCGAGGCGUUUUUCGUCCACAAGAUCAAGGUGUUCCGCGAGAGCAUUUCGUGGUGACCCGAAGGCGGAGACACCGGGAAGUCGCCUCCUCCUCCUCCCGGCCACCGAAAGAAGGCGCGCGACGUGACAACGCGCGGCGAACUGCAUACUACAGUAAACACGAACGCUUAUCCACGCACUGGCGGUGCUGACUAAUGUAAUGCACUCCGUCGGACUCGUGCGUGCUUGCGACGGGCGUGUCACUCUGCGUACAGUCAAGGGCGGGCUCCGCGGCGCCGUGCGUUGAGGUUUGGACAGUGGUGUGAAGAUGGCAGCCAUCGCGUCGACUGUGUCACCGGUCUGCCCCCUGACGCCACAGCAUCUAAGUGUCGGAUCAUCGCUUGACUUCGGGCGAUGGGGAGAAAGAAACAAACGAAAAAAGAAAGAAAUAUUUGUACAUAGUGUAGAGGGAGAUUUCUCUUCAUUGCCAUAGCAGUCUCAUUAAUACAGCGCGCACCACCAUUCUUUUUUGUUUGUUUGUUCCUUUCGUAACGUGUACCUCACCGCACGUUUUCAUGGAGCCACGUGACGUGCUGUCUUUUUUUUUUCUUUUUUCAGCUGCGUGUCUCUCAAGCUUCUCUUUCGCAUGCAUUGCAAAUGCAAAAUCGUGUCCAGUAGACUUUUUUUUUUUUUUUUUUUUUUGGAAUUGUUUGAUGCACAUUUCAUCCCCCAAAAACUUUUGUGAAAUUUGUUUUUAAAAUGAAUAGAAGACAGCUGAUGAAUUUAUGUAUCAAUAUGUACAGGAUAAGGGGGAGGAUGGAGUGUUUUUGUAAAACAAUGCCGAACAUUUUCAUGUGUCACUGCUGUCCUUGUUUAUUAUCUGCUGAAACAUGACAAAGACGUAGGCCCCUUUUCUUUUAUGUCUAUGUGCAUGCGCGCGAGUGUAUUUAGUUGCAAUUUGACUAUGCAUUUUUGAGAUGAACGCCCGAAGCUUGCAUCAGAGAGACUGGAAACAUGCAUGUUACCAUGGACUCACUUCGCAGAGCUUUGUUUUUAAUUCUUUCAAGCAUUGUACAUUGUGGUUAGUAGUAAAUAUUUAUUCCGUUAACAGAACAAGUCUGGAUGCAGGCAAGGUGUUGCGGCCAUUGACAAAGAGAAACACGUUGGAAAUGACCUUUUCCUUUAUUUCUUCAGAAAAUCAAAAGGUCGUGGCCUACAAAAUUGUUAUAAUGAUUGAUUCAUAGGUGGCACAGCAAAAUUACCUUAGUCACUUUGGGCGACGUACCAUGAGGUGGCGUCCAGUACAAAAAUGGCGCAGUAGCUUCUGUUUAGAGCUCAUGCCUGCUUGCACUGUGCUCAUUUGCAUUUUUUUUAACUGCUUGUGCCAUCUAGUUACAAUAUAUAAAAUACGUGAAGAAAAAAGUUGGAGUCAAACUUUUUUAAAACCAACAUACUAUCAGCACAAAUUUAAACGCAAACAAGUCGUUAAACAACCAUUUUUCAGGUUUGUCUGCAUUUGUGACAGUGUCAGCUUAAUGAACUGCGUAAUAACAAAGUCCUAGUUUCUGAUAUUUUAGGUGCAAAGCAGCCACUGUGCAAAGUUUUAGCUUGAAAUACAAGCAGGUGCGUCGCGAAAGGAUUGCGAAAAUGAGAUUUUCUAUGCUUAAACACAGACAGCACCAUUGCCGCUCGGCGGGAAUGACUGAACCCGAACCCUCAAAAACUAUUGCUUGCCUGGGGGGGGGUCAUGCAUCCAGGUUUGACAGCGAGAUCGGCACAUGUGCAUGCAUGUGGAAUCUGCAUCACAUUUCUUAUCGCCACGUACACAGGUCAGCCGCGAAGGGGCUGUUAGAGAUUAACUUUAAAAAUAAGGCCGUUGCCAUGAUUGCUUCAAUUGGAUAUACUACUCGCAGCCCAUUGAGCUAGAGUGAUAACAUUUCCUUGAGCGACCUUUUAAUCUGGGCUCCAAAACAUGCACAAAGCUAGGAAAGGAAAGCUACAGUCCCAAUAACCAUUGCAUGAUCAUAUAAUUACACCAUUCUGAUAAGGUUUCUUUCCUGUUUGCAUUUCAAUUUAGGCUGAUGCCACCAACCAAAGUGCGUCUGCAUUCACAGCAAAGCAGACGACAACAUUUAAAUACCACUUCUGAAGAAGCAAAUGUAUUGGGGCGUGUUUGCCCGUAAUGUGGCCGAAUCAAAACGCCAGUGUCCAGACCUGGAGUGGAGUUUUUUUCUUUUUUUUUGUUCUCCGACAACAUACAUUUGUGUUUUCUGGAGCACCAAAGCGCCCUGUACAUAACCAUUACCAUUGUCUCUCACCACCUGCUUGCCCUUCCAACAUUUGCAACCACGUCUGCACAGGUGCACCGAGCGAUUCGCUGCCGCCAGCUUUUGUUUAUAAUGGAGUCGUAAAAGCGGUGACAAAACGACGCUUGCUCGUUGCUUUCUGCACACAAUGCCGACGUGGCCUUUUUUGGUCGCGCCGACAGUUUUUUUUAACCAUUUCUGCACUCGAAUGUGGGGGGGAGGGGGAACACAUCAUGCGUCACACAUGGGAGUGUACGAACGUACAUGUUGCAAAAAUGGUUAAAAAAAUGACAAAAAAGGAGACUCUGCUACUACGUUGCAAGAUGUGUAACAUUGUAAACAUGUUAUUUGUAUGAAAAACAACAAAAAAUAAAUUAUAUCGAGCAAGAACGAGAA